CAAUUCGCGACGUCUUGACGUUUUGUGGACACGCAAAAACAGAAGAGAAAGCAUAGAGAUUUUGGAAUUUCUACGUGGAAAACGUAGAGAAAAUCAGUGAAAAUUGCCUCAAACUCUCUUCGGCCUUCGCUUCAUAUCACGUCAGCGCGGAGGAGCGCUGAAAUUCCAGUAUUCAUCGAAUUGUGCGUCCCCGAGGGAAGUCCCACUAAGUGCCUCCUGGUCAGCUUCCGCUGCUCCUGCCCGGACUAGUUGAGAAGCCAUGGACGUGAACAUUGACAUGAGCGACAAGGUGAGCGGAAAUAUGGCUCCGCCACCGCAGUCAGAGCAGAAGAAUCUCUUCUCUUCGGUCUUCAACCGGAGCCGCGUGCCCAACAUUGCCGAGUUGCUGCGCGAGGUGCGACAGAACAUCAGGCCGUGGUCUGAGUUCCUGAACAUGAGCAACUUCAAGACGGUGGCGAACAUUCAGCGCCUGUCCGGACGUCUGGUGAGGAACUUGGCGUACUUCCAGAGCAACUACCUGUUCGUGUUUCUCGGUCUGGUUCUCUACUGUCUGCUCACCUCGCCGCUGAUCCUCAUUGUCCUGGGCGGCGUGUUCUACGCGUGCUACAAAGUGCGACAGCUUAACACGAAGAUCACGAUUCUGCAGAGGGAGCUGAAUGCCGGCCAGCAAUGCAUCCUCAUCAAUUGCGCCGCGAUUCCCAUUCUGUACCUCGCCGGCGCCGGGGCGGCGAUGUUCUGGGUGCUGGGCGCGUCCUUCUUCGUAAUCUCGCUGCACGCCGUCUUCUACAACAUCGACGCCGUGGUCACGGAGGACACGGAAACCUUCCUGGCGGAAACCGUGUGAGCGUCAAAGGCGCUUCUGUACAUACGACGAUAUCACAAAGAGA